CGUUUCCUCCACAAUCACGUGCUCAAAACCCAUCCCCCCCCCCAAUAGCGACCUUAUUAAUAUAAACCAAGAGAAAAAGGGGGAGGCGAAGAGGACGAUCGAGUUCCCACAGAGAGAGAGAGAGAUAGAGCGAUUAGGGUUUCGAUCAGAGGGAGGCUUCGGAGGUGGAGACAUGGCGGAGAUGGGGCGGAGGAUGCUGAGAUCGGGGACGGAGAAGUCCAAUUUCGCCGUCACCUGUAGCCUCCUCAGCCAGUAUAUCAAGGAGAAGGGGAGCAUCGCCGAUCUCGGCCUCGGAUUGGCUCGUCGCCCCCUCGAGAACCCUAAAGGGGCGGGGGAGGCGAAUCGGACGCCGACGACGAUGAGCUUGUUGCCCGGGGUGGAGGUGUUCGGGAGCGACGAGGGAGGGGAAACGAAGGAGGGGAACGGCGACGUCUCCGCGGGAAACGCCAUGGAGCUCUUCCCCCAGCGCGCCGGAUCCGGGCUCCGCGACGACGCGAGGGAGGAGGCCGAAAGGGGCCAGUUGACGAUCUUUUACGCCGGGAAGGUGCUAGUGUUCGACAAUUUCCCCGCGGAGAAGGCGCAGGAUUUAAUGCAGCUAGCUACUAAAGGAAGUAACAAUACUGACACCGAAAAAUUUGGUUAUGCGCGGCCCCCUUCUUCGGCUUUCGCGACUGUCGAUCCUAAGAAUGGUCUCUCCAUUCAAACUCCGACGGUUGCGCCUUCGCCUGCUACUUCGUCACUCGCUGUGCAGGCCAAUAAUGCCCCAAAGCCGGCCCAACCCAAUCUUUCUGACCUGCCCUUGGUGAGGAAGGCGUCGCUUCAUCGAUUCCUUGAGAAGAGAAAGGAUCGGCUCAACGCGAAGGCGCCGUACCAAGUAACUGCCUCGCCAUUGGCGGCCGCUCCGACCAAGAAAGAGGAGAGCGAGUCUUGGCUCGGGCUGGGGCCGCAGGUCCCGAGGCCGAGCCUAAGCUUGAGUUCCGAGGGUACGCAAUAGGAAUUUGUUGGCGAGCCUGCGGCGAGCAAAUGAUCAUACGACCACCACCUUCUAUGCUAUCAUGCAUCCUUCAUAGGAAUAUAUAUAUAUAUAUAUGUAAUCUUUAUAGUACUCUUUCAGGCUUUUGUAUCCCCCUUUUGGAAGUAAUUUGAUUGCUGUAGCUGAUGAUUCUAGGGUUUACAAAUUUUCGAGAAGCUAUUAUUAGCUGGUAUGUAGAAAGACAGAGAUUAAUAAUCACUUAUAUGUAUGAUGUAUGUACUAAUUUUGUUCCUCUUUUCGUUUU